UUGCGUGACCCGCCGCCGCACGUACUUACCUGAACUGACAUUUUCGAAUGCUUCGGGUCGGUUCCAGUGCCUUUGUUAGUCUCGUCUGUUUCACUCGCAGUCAAAUUACUGAGGAAAAUCACUGCCAAACGCGUCGACAACGGCUACGUGGGCGUGAUGUCGAGAUACUAAACACCGGUGAUGAAAUUUCUAUAAACCAGCUGAUCGAGUCGUGCCACCCGCGCGACGCGGGCGGUCUGGUAGGUGUAUGGUACUGUACUAGAAAAGUGUUUACUCAAGACAAUCUGUGCAUUGCCCCGUUGGCCUCCGUCGACUCAGAAUGAAACGUGCCUCCACUAGGAGAGAAACACUCGCAGAAAGACGUCCGGGUUUGCAAUUGACAACUAGCGGAGAUAUUCGUGCGGACUGCAGUUUUAUGCCGACCGACAAUGAAACGUUGAGGAGAAUGGCCGACAUCGAGCCGAUGCGACCCUUCGACGAGCUGCCAUGCCAGUCACGUUCGGAUCCCGAUCGAACACGGAGGCCAAUGAAUGCAUUCAUGGUAUGGUCAAAGAUUGAGAGGAAGAGACUCGCAGGUGAGAAUCCCGACCUGCACAACGCGGAGCUCAGCAAAAUGCUUGGAAAACUUUGGAAACUUUUACCCCAAAGUACGAAAAGGAAAUUCGUGGAAGAGGCGGAACAGUUGCGUCUCGUGCAUAUCCAACAACAUCCAGACUACAAAUACAAACCUAGGCGACGACGGAGUAGUGUGAAGAAAGCGUAUAAAAGGAUAGCGAGCGAAUUGUCUUCACUCUCAGCAGGAGCAGGCGGAGACACACGUGACGACACCGCAAACGCUGGUAAAGACUUAGAAGUCGGCAAUGAUGACGCAAAUUCGAGAAAAUUGGUCGCCGACAAGGAAGGUUAUGUCUAUUUCAAGAUGUCCGAGUGCUACACGAAGCAGUUUAAGAUAUGGCAAAUUGAGAAGUUUGGUCACUUGGUGGUAGAGCCGUUGGUUUAUUCAGAUCUGAUGCCUGCCAGGUCCCAGUCACUAUCAUGGCCUCUUCUCAGACGUGAGACAGAGUCCGUGUUUGUUACCUCUGGCUCUUCAGGCUCUUCAGAGACACAGUCACCAGGGCCUGUGAAUUUUUCAAAAUUUCAAGGAAGCGCGUUUCCUAUUAUGAAUGCACUUAAUUUUACUAGUAUGAGUACUGGCCCACCCUGUGGUGGUCAGGUUGAUUCAUUUCCUUCAUCAGUGAAAACUUUCACUCAUAAACAGAGUUCGUCCUUUCUCAGAUCUCACUCAGCCUUUCAACCAAGUAUUGGAUCACCGUUCAUUGAUACAAAUCUGUGUAGCAACAGUGGAUGCAUGCUGCCUCCCACUGCACAAUAUUGGCCGUGUAUAGAUUCUCUGCAUUAUGCUCCUACUCCUUCGUUGCAGUCUACCGAUGCAGCCUUGGAGCAGCUUCUUGAGAUGGCAUCCAACGUUGCUGUGGACGAUGCGCCAGUGGACCCACUGCUUGUUUUCUCAACCAGUGACUUGAAUACAGAGCCUUGUUCACAGAACAUGUAGUAGUUGGUGCUAUGAAAGACAACAGGUGUCAUUGCAAUGUGUAGAACUGGUUGGCUGCAGGUCAUGAUAUCUAUCAUCCAUUUUAGAUAUGAAUAAUUCAAUUUGAAAUAUUGGAAAUAUGGUUUUC